AUGUUAUCUAAUUCUGCAUCGCUUGAAGCAAAUAGAGGAAAAAAGGGAGUUCCUCCACCCCUUUGGGAUGUAGUAAAACGUGAUAUUUUGAUCGAUAGAAAAGGUAAGAUUAAUCUUAAAAUGAUGCUUCUUCAUUUUCUUCGCCAAGGAAGACUGGGAAAACAUGUUGCUUUAAGUAUUGUACAAAAUGCUUCAGGUUGUUUACGUGCAGAACCAAAUUUAUUAACUAUUGAUGAUACUUCCAUUACGGUUGUAGGAGAUAUUCGUGGACAAUUAUAUGAUUUGGCGAAGAUUCUUUCUAUUGGGGGAAUGUUUAGUAAUUCAAAAAAAUAUCUUUUUCUUGGAAAUUACGCUGAUCGAACUUAUUUUAGUUGUGAGUGUAUUUUAUUUUUACUUGCUGCUAAACUUAAUUUUCCAAAUUCCGUUUUUUUACUUCGUGGAAAUCAUGAAUCACGUUUUAUGACUCAUUUUUUUGAUUUUCAAGAAGAAUGUUUGCAAAAAUAUGAUAAUCAAGUCUAUCAGGCAAUUAUGGAAGCCUUUGAUUGUUUACCUCUUGCUGCUAUUGUAAAUAAACAAUUUUUUUGUGUACAUGCUGGUCUUUCACCAGAUGUUAGUAGUGUAAAUCAUAUUCAAUCUAUUCAUCGUUUUAGAGAACCUCCUUUACGAGGUGCGAUGUGUGAUUUAUUGUGGUCAGAUCCCUUUUGGGAUGUAGAAAAUCCAUCACCGAUUAGUGGGGGUACAAAAAGUAAUUAUUACACUCCUGGUAAUGGUCCAUAUGGAACAAAACCCGCUUUUCUACUUAAUGAAGAGAAAGGUUAUGGUUAUUUGUUCAAUUAUCUAUGUGUUAAGCACUUUCUUAUGGCUAACAAACUUCUUUGCAUCAUACGAAGUCAUGAAGUUCAAGACGAGGGUUAUAAACUUUAUCGUUUUAAUAAUGCUUCUAACUUUCCAUGUAUGGUAUCAGUUUUUUCAGCACCCAAUUAUUGUGAUUCCCUUGAUAAUAAGGGAGCAAUUUUUCAUCUUGAAGGAGAAAACAUGGGUAUUAAACAGUUUUUUUCUUCACCUCACCCCUAUGUCCUUCCAAAAUAUAUUAACGGAUUUCAAUGGUCAUUCCCUUUUUUGUUGGAUAAUCUUCAAAAUUUUAUCACUGUUGUAAUGAAUUAA